CCAAAAUUUUGCUGAUCCCAGCUCUAAGUUCUGGUUCGAAUAUUCAAAUACAGUGUAUUGAUUUAACUGAGCAUUACAAGUUAGAUUCAAAAUCAGCAUCUAAAACCAAAAACCAAAGCAGGAGUAAUUGACAGUGUUAAUGUCUUCUUCCACUUCCUCCCAAUUGCACUCAUCAGAAAAGGGUUUCCAGUUUAGCUACAGCAGCAAGAAGAUCAACAAAAUCAAUCCUCCGAACCCGCCAACUAAUUUGAAAUUACCUCUUAGGAGACCAGAUCCAGUUACUAAAUCUCCGAUUCUCUCUCAACCCAUAAAACAAUUCGCUGCCACUAACAAUUAUAGCAGGAGAAAGCAGAGUUCAAGCUCAGAUAUCGUGAGGUUGAUGGAUAGUCUAAACCGCCCAAUUCCACCAGAUAUCUACUCUUCCCUUAUCGAAGAAUGCACCCUCUCAUCUGACUCCGAUGAAGCUCUCUACUUGCAUUCUCGCCUCAUUAACCAGAGUGGUCUUAAGCUUACCUCACAUUUGACCUACCGUCUUCUACUUAUGCUUGUGUCUUGUGGGCAUUUGGAUACUGCCCGCAAUAUGUUUGAUCAAAUGACGCGUAGGAAAGGCUUCCUUUCUUGGGCUAUAAUAAUUGUCGGUUAUAUGGAUAACUGUCGUUAUGAAGAGGUUAUCGAUUUGUUCUCUAAAAUGAUGCUUCAUUUUAAUGUUUAUACGAGCAUGCUUGAAUUUCCUACGUGGGUUAUAGUCAUAGUUUGCUUCCUCAAGGCUUGUGUGUGCAGCAGGAACAUGAUAUUGGGGAAGCAGGUUCAUGGGUUGUUACUAAAAUUAGGUGUUACCUAUGAUUUUUCUGUGAAUGUUGCCUUGAUGGACUUGUAUGGGAAAUUUGGGUUUCUGGAAAGUGCUACCUCUGUUUUUAAUCAGCUUUGCCAUCCUAACACUACCAUUUGGACGGUUAAGAUAGUGAACAAUUGUAGAGAAGGGCGUUUCUAUGAAGUAAUGAAGGAUUUCAGGGAAAUGGGAAGGGUUGGAAUAAGGAGGAAUAGAUUUACUUUAUCUACUGUACUGAAGGCAUGUGCAAGGAUGGAUGAUGGUGGAAGAUGUGGUCGGCAAGUCCAUGCCUUUGCCAUCAAGCUAGCGUUAGAAUCGGAUGCUUUUGUACAAUGUGGGUUGAUUGAUAUGUAUGGAAAAUGUCAGAUGAUCAGGGAUGCAAAACAAAUGUUUGAGAUUGUAGUUGAUAAAACAAACGUUGCAUGUUGGAAUACUUUGCUUAUGGCUUAUGUUCGGAGUGGGUUGUUUACUGAAGCAGUUAAGGUUUUAUAUCAGAUGAAAGCAGCUCAUUUACAGGUUAACGAAUCGCUAAUCAAUCAUGUCAGGAUUGCUUGCAUCACUCCAACUCUGAAAAGCAGAAUAGGGACAACCAGAUAAAUGCGUUCUUGAGGUUAAUUAUGAUUCUUCACCCUUUGUAUAGCUGCAUUUAGAAUAUGUAAGGUAAAAGUGAGGUGGAUCCUAUAUCAACUUUGUUUGCAUAUUUACAGUUUUCAGUUUCAAUCAAAACAUAAUCAAAUAUAUAAUGUGAAGCUAGAGGAACGCAUGUUCAGGGUUUCAAAAAAUGUUAAAGACCAUGGAAAGCUUAUCUAGGACAAAUUGAAUGAAUUCCUUAUAGAGUGUUGCAUGUACAUUAGCUGCUUGCCUAGACAUUUAUAAUUUUAAUAAUUGGGGGUU